UGUCAAAUUAAGACUACGCUAAGGCUUACAUAUUUUUAUUUUCAAGACGUGCAUAAUGCAAAUGCAGUACAAAAAGUGUUUUGUGACAGUUGGGACAACACGCUUCGAUCUCCUAUGUGAAUUCAUCCAAUCAUCUCCCGUACUUCUCGUUUUAAGAAAAAUGGGAUGCGAGAAUAUUACGGUCCAAAUAGGAAAUAGUGACGUUGAACCGGGUGAUUUUGAGAAAGACGGUAUAAAAUUACAUCUUUACAGAUUUAAAAACUCACUAAAAGCCGAUAUGUCAAACGCUGAUUUAAUAAUAAGUCACGCUGGAGCAGGAAGCUGCUUAGAAGCUUUGGACUUAAAUAAACCCUUAUUAGUCGUUGUAAAUGAAGAAUUAAUGAACAAUCAUCAAUUAGAACUGGCAGAUCAACUGCAUGUUGAUAAACAUCUCUACUACUGCACAUGUGACACUUUAGCAUCCACACUUGAGACUGUGGACUUCAGCUGGUUGUCACCAAUGUCUAAACCAAACCCUUAUGCUUUUGUGCAAUAUAUAGAUAGUGUUUUUAAGGUUAAGGAUAAUUCAUAAUUUAGAGGAAGUUUAUUUUAAAAUAAGUAUCUGAAGUUAUAACAAUUUAAUAAGAAAUAUUCAUCCAAAUAGAUAUUUAUUUCAGUUGAAUACAAUUUCUAUAUAAA